AUGUCUCAGGCUAAGUAUGGAACAAACACGAGAACCACCAACACGCGGGACGACCCAGGGAGUCGCUUCUCCAGCCUGAAGGAAGACGCAGAGAAUCGGAGAACGUUCAAUUUUCACCUGAUCCGCCACUCGGACAUGGCGGACGAGAUGCGAGCGGAUGUGACGGAGUUGUGCGGCACUGCAGGCGAGAAGCAUCCCACAAACGUCGUCAACAUGGCCCGGAUGAUCAAGGACACCCUCGAUGGGAAGUAUGGUCCCGGAUGGCACGUGGUCAUCGGCGAGGGCUUCGCUUUCGAGGUGACACACGACAUCGAGGGAAUCCUGCUGAUGUAUUUUCAGGGCAAACUGGGCAUGCUAGUGUGGAAAUGUGAGGCGCAGUAA